AUGUCGAUAUCACAAAAUCUGAGUGACCAAAUAUCGGUUAUGCGCGAGGUCCUCACGAUGGACUUGCUUAACCCGGCUUCGGACACGACGGGUUUGGAUCAGAUUGAUCAGCUCAUGAAGCGCAGGGCUGAAGAAAGGCGCUCUUCUAGAGACAGCGCUAGGCAGUCCCUCAGAAACCUCACGCGUCAACUCGAUAACGCUAGGUUGGCGGCUAAUAGACCGAAUACGGUACCUACGCCUGAGGAGCACCAAGAGAAUAUGUUUCAACAGGACAACAAAAAGUUUCAGCUCGCUAAUUCUAUCACUGAGCUCGAACAGUCAGUCACCAAGUGCGAGUCGACACUCAACAAACUCAAAGACGAAUGGUCCGAGUUAGAGACUGUUAGGCCCGCAGAAGAGCAUUCAAUGGAUCAAGUCGUCCUCAGAUUAAAGAUUUUACGCGAUUUGGGCUUUGAGAUCAUCACGGAUGACUAUACUGGCAAGGUUAACAAGGUACUCGUUAGGAACGAUGAAGCCAACGACCUCAACAGCGUUGUCUUGGAUAAAAACGCUAGUGCAUUUUUUCACUCAAACUACCUGUGGAAGCUUGCCGGAUCAGAUUCUCCUAGUUGA